CAACAAGAGCUUCUCCAAACCUCACACAUUGCGAUAUACCAAUCUAUUUAUCGCUCUUAUUCCGAUACCUCACCUCAAUCGUACUUGUGACACCUCAGGUUACUCUCCUCACCCGCAAAGAUGUCCGGGGAAGCUGUUAUGAGGCCCGACAAGGACCACUCGGCCGACGUCGACAAACAGCUUCCAGAGGCAGAAGAGCUGGCCAAGACGAACAUACAGGCAGCUAUUGAAAAGCUGACGGCGCUGGAGAAGCAAACGAGACAGUCGUCAGAUCUUGCUUCCACCUCGCGAGUUAUUGUCAAGAUAGUCACACUAAGCAAAGAUUCGGGGGACUGGAACCUGGUGAACGAGCAGGUCUCUCUGCUGUCGAAGAAGCAUGGACAACUCAAGCAGGCGAUUACAAAGAUGGUGCAGGUCGUGAUGAGCUUCCUAGACGAGACGCCAGAUCUCGAGACGAAAUUAUCGGUUAUCGAGACACUCCGGACGGUGACUGAGGGGAAGAUUUUCGUCGAGGUGGAGCGGGCUCGUGUCACAAAGGUUCUCUCGGACAUCAAGAAGGAGCAGGGCGACCUCAAGUCUGCGGCGGACAUCCUGUGCGAGUUGCAGGUCGAGACAUUCGGGUCAAUGGAGCGAAGGGAGAAGACGGAAUUUAUCCUCGAACAGGUCGCAUUAUGCAUAGAGAAUGACGACUGGACACAAGCUGGUAUUCUCAGCAGGAAGAUCAGCACGAAAUACCUUGCGCGACAGAUCCCGAAGACACCAGAGCAGUUGGAUAAGGAGGCCAAGGAGCGCGAGAAGAGGAGAAACAGGGGCGAGGAUGUGCCGGGGGUUAAGGAGGAUGAUGUCACAGACCUGAAGUUGAGGUAUUACGAGCAACAGAUUAUCUUGGCGAAGCACGACAAGAAGUAUCUCGAUGCUUGCAAGGACUAUAGACAGGUUCUUGAUACCCAGGCAGUAGAGGACGACCCAGAGAAGCUGCACGCAACCCUCCAGCGCGUUAUCUACUACGUGAUCCUCGCUCCAUACGACAACGAGCAGUCCGAUCUCCUUCACCACAUCCAUUCCGACACCCGCAAUACCCAAAUCCCCGUCGAGGCCGAGCUCCUCAAGCUCUUCACGAUCCACGAGCUGAUGCGCUGGCCCGAGGUAGAGAAGCACUUCGUACCGCACCUGUGCGCUACGGACGUCUUUGAUCAAAAUUCGGAGGAUGCGAAAUACCGCUGGAAUGAGCUGCGCAAACGCGUUAUCGAGCACAACGUCCGCGUCGUCGCGAAAUACUAUACGCGUAUCCAAAUGGGCCGACUGACCCAGUUGCUGGACCUGACGGAGGAGGAAACUGAGCAGUACAUCAGCGAGCUCGUGACUGCCAAGACGGUAUUUGCCAAGAUUGACCGUCCAGCACGACUGGUCAGCUUUGAGAAGAAGAGGGAUGCGGAUGAUGUGCUGAACGAGUGGAGUGGGAACAUGAAGAGCUUGCUUGGGCUGCUGGAGAGGAUCGACCACUUGAUCACGAAGGAGGAGAUGAUGGCCAGGAUUGCACCGAAAGGGGAGAAGUCAACUUAGACGGGUAUUGGGACGGUGAAUUGGGAGGCGUGAUAUGGUGUACUAUAUAAU